UGCCGCAGCCUCCAUGGCGACCCUCGAUCCCUCCCUCCGCCGCAGUGCAGACACCAUCUUCCGCACCGGAUUCCAUCUCUCCGCCGCACUCCUCUCCCUCCUCUGCCUAUCCUCACCGAAACACACCCUAGUCUCCACUCGAUCCUUGCUUCUUCACCGACCCAUUAUCUCAUCCAAACAGCCACUCUCUUCCUCACCGUGGAUCUGAACCUCAGCCCCAAAGCCUCCUGAGCACCAACAGCUUGAAGAAACAGUAAGAGCACCAGACUAUAACCGGAAAAAUCUUAGCCGUCGAAAGCAUAAAGUAAAAUCGGAGAAAUUAAAGUGGAAUCGAACAGGGAAGAGAGUUUGGGUCACGGAUCCCUAAUGAAUGAGGGUGAGACUGAAGAAUCCAAGCAGAACCAAAUGAUCGAAGAAGGCGGGAGAAGAGCUGGAAACAGAAGAGAUCCGAAGGAGGAUCCGGUAUCAUUUUCUCAACCCUCCCCAAAAAUGCUCAAUUCUCAAACUUAAUGUGUAUUGAUAUGAUUUGUAUUUGUUAUUCUUUCAUUGAAUUCUUGAAUCUGAGCAUGGUGCAUUACUGCACUUGAAUAAGUAUAAAUCAAAUGUGCAGAGUUUUUAUUGCCAUGAAAUUAGGAUUUGGAUUGGAUUUCUUUUUUUCUCAAAAGAAAAUGCUACAAUGUCCGAUGGCAUAGUAAGCUUAUAACAUAAACAUAAUGUGUAUGUUUGAUGUCAUCUGCAAAUAACCUAAGCAGCUCAAU